AUGCACAUAAUUCACGAUGAAGCUUUCUUCAGAUUGAAAGGUCAAAUAUUGGCUAAUAACUAUAUAGGGCUACGGAUCUAUCUAUCUAUCUCUCUAUCUAUCUAUCUAUUUAUCUAUCUCACGCUGUUCACAUCUAUCUAUCUAUCUAUCUAUCUAUCUAUCUAUCUAUCUCCUCCUGGUACACAAAUUGGAGAACUUCUUAUUCCUGUGAAUCUUUUCUCUUUUCACUUUUAUAAAGCUGAUUUUAAAAAAAAAUUAAACUUUUUUCUCUCUUUUUUUAUAACGUUUUCAUUCUUAUUCCUUUUCCUUUUUUUUCUUUCUUUUGGAUCCUCAUUUUUAUUGGUGUUCUUUUUCUUAUUUAUAUCCUCAUUUAAUUUGGCUUUCUUUCCUUUUUAUCUUUUCAUCGUUGAUUUCUUUCUUUUUUCCUCUCUUUUUUUUUCUUACUUUUCUCAUUGUUUUACUCUUCGUCCCUUUCUUUCUUUUUUCUUUCCAACCUUUUUGCAUUUCAUACUCUCUGCUUUUCUUUUAUUUCUUUCUUUCAUUAUUUCUUCUCAUUAUUACUUUUACUAA